AUGGGCAAGUCUUCCAAGGACAAGCGAGACGCCUACUACCGCCUUGCGAAAGAGCAAGGAUGGCGUGCACGCUCGGCCUUCAAGCUGCUGCAGCUCGACGAGGAAUUCAAUCUCUUCGACGGCGUGACUCGCGUCGUCGAUCUUUGCGCCGCGCCGGGGAGUUGGUCGCAAGUGCUGUCGCGUAUACUGAUCAAAGGGGAACGCAUCGGCAGAGCAGCAUGGGAGGAUCAGCGCUUCAAGGAAUUGUUCAGACUGCAAGAAGAGCAGCCGCUGGACAGUCAGCUUCAGCAUCUUGCCCUUGAAGCACCGGCAGCAGAAGCGCGGAAGGAUGUCAAGAUUGUGGCCAUCGAUCUCCAGCCUAUGUCGCCGUUGGAGGGUAUCACUUGCCUGAAAGCUGAUAUUACCCACCCAUCGACAAUACCGCUGCUGCUCAAGGCUCUGGAUCCGACCUACGAGCGGGACUCUUCGUCCAUCGAGGCCUCACAUCCCGUCGAUCUGGUCAUCUCAGAUGGUGCCCCUGACGUUACUGGCCUCCACGACCUCGACAUCUACGUCCAGUCUCAACUUCUCUGGGCGGCACUCAACCUGGCUCUCUGCGUUCUCAACCCAGGUGGCAGAUUCGUCGCCAAGAUCUUCCGUGGCAAAGACGUCGACCUGCUCUACGCACAACUCAAAGUUGUCUUCGAAGGAGUGACCGUUGCCAAACCUAGAAGUAGCAGAGCCAGUAGUGUCGAAGCAUUCAUUGUUUGCACCAACUUCCGACCACCUGCAGCCUUCAGAGCCAGCCUGGACAAUCCCCUUGGUACGAUUCGACAGCUCGAGGCAGACAAAGAACAGCUCAAAGCCGGCAUCAAGUCUGGUCGCAUUGUUCGUAAGGAUGGGAUCACUGAACUGACGCUGGACACGGAAUUGGGUAAUGUGGACCAUGACAGAUGGAUCGCUCCUUUCCUGGCUUGUGGUGAUCUGAGCUCGUACGAUGCUGAUGCGAGCCACAAGUUGCCAGAAGGACAUAUUAGCUUGGAUCCGGUGCAGCCGCCGACUGCUCCUCCUUAUCGCGCGGCGUUGGAGGAGAGGAAGAAGAUGGGUGGUGCUUAUGGCAAGACCAAGCUGCGCGCUGGGGCAUAA